AUGAAUUUCCUCCACCGCGAUAAACACGCCGACGCCCACGACCAGGUAACCAACGCCCCGCACAAGGCUGCGCUCUCCCAUGAGCUCCUCGCUUCUGCUGCUUCAUACGAGGCCAUGAAGGCGUACGAGAAGCACGUACAGGAGCAGGGCCACCCUGACGACCACGCCAAGGCGAAGGAGAUUCUCGCUACACUCAGCGGUGGCUUCGUCGACCGGAUGGUCGAGACCAAGGGCCUCGAUGCCAUCGACAAGGAGAAGGCGAAGCGGCAGGCGACUGCUCAUACGGACAGCCAGCUUUCUUAA